GUUAAAAAUUACAAUUUGUAUCACUAUUUUAAUUACUCUUCAGCUUUCUUUUUUAGUGAAUUUUUUUAUUUUUAAAGCACAUAAACAAAAUGCCCAAGCAGCAAGUAGUCGUUGUUGGUUCAGGCGUCAUCGGGCUCACCACAGCCAAUAAGAUACAAAGCACCGGUAAGUUCAAUGUAACCAUUGUCGCAGAGCACACUCCUGGGCCGCUUUCAUCGGGCGACAUGCAGUCAACAAACUGGGCAUCUCCAUGGGCUGGCGCACACUGGCGCGCAUGGUCGAGCAACGAGGACACAGUCUUGCAGCAAAUUGAAAUCCAAACCUACAACGAAAUGAUGUCUUUGGCUGUUUCGGAACCCCAGUCAGGAAUAUCCAAGGCGCGGGGCACAGACAUAUUUGAGGUUGCAUCUGGCAUGACGCCCUGGUACAUCACACUGGUCGAAGAUGCUAGGGAGCUUUCUGCUGCUGAGUUGCCAGAGGGUAUCAGCUACGGCUUGGAGUACACAACGCUUUUGAUUGAUGUCCCCAAAUAUUUGGUGUAUUUGAAAACCAAAUUUGAAGCCAGUGGUGGAACAAUAGUUCGGCGUUAUAUUGACCACAUUGCAGAUGCUCUUCGAGUUGUCAGCAACAACCCAAGCGGCCAACCAGUCAACACAACAAUUGUGGUCAAUUGCACAGGCCUUGGCAGCCGCAACCUUGCUGGAGUCAAAGACUCAAAUAUGCACCCCAUUCGCGGACAAACAGUAGUCGUCUACGCACCAUCUAUUAAGCACACGAUUACGCACUUGGGAAAGCAGUUUAGUUAUGUGAUUCCACGUGGCGACGGCACUGUGGUUCUGGGUGGGACAGCCGAGGACGGCGAUUGGAAUUCACAACCAGUUCCCAGUACUACAGAUCUUAUUUUACAGCGUGCCAUUUUCUUGGAGCCCACUCUGCUGCCUGGAAGUUCCGCGUAUUGGAACACUGCAACUGAUAGCAAGUGUAUAGCUGAGCUAAAAGGGUGCAUCAUCUCAGAAAAUGUGGGGUUCAGGCCAAUGAGGGAGGGCGGGGUGCGUCUUGAGACACAAACAUGUGCAGACCCUGUUUUUGGAAGCAACUUUACAGUAGUACAUUGCUAUGGACAUUCGGGGUAUGGCUACCAAACGAGUAUUGCGUUUGCUCAACGCGUCUGCCAAAUGGUUGAGGAUGUGGCAAACUAGUCCAUGGGGUUGUCUAUGUACUAAAUAAUCUAUUUCUAAAG